AUGGCGGACGAUGGAAUGCUUCUGAAUUUCGCCAUCGGCGAUAAUGUUAUCAAACCUGAAGCCAAAUUCAAGGGAGGAACAUGGCGCGCUCGCCUUUCAGCGAAAAAGCGCUCACAGCACAUUCCUGGCGAGAACAGCGAUGGGAGCAAACGCAAUGCCGAUUCAAAAAACCCCAAUAAGAUUCAAAUUCCUACAAAUAGACCUGCCAAGCGACAAAGGACUGGCGACUCCGACACACGAGAUGGCAACCGUCACCGGUCGCAAUCCCAACAGCAACCACGCCGGCAUCCUGGCCAAUUUGCCUCGUCGCUCUUCACGAGCAACCCCGAAUCGAAAACUGCCGAUGAACCAAAACCAGAAGAAAACGUCGAGGAUGUGAAACCAACAAACGCCGCCUUGGUUGAUGGGAUCGAUACUUUUACUUCUCUAGGCCUGUCGCCUAACCUAGCCGCACAUCUGCUUACGAAAUUAGAGUUAAAGGCACCAACUGCGAUUCAAAAAGCUUCGAUUGAACAGUUGUUGAAGGAGGAAAGCGAUGCAUUCAUCCAGGCUGAGACUGGUUCAGGAAAGACUCUUGCAUAUCUACUUCCACUCGUCCAACGCAUAAUGGAUCUUUCGAAAGCAACCAAAGAAGCCGGUCUUCAUCGUGACAGCGGCUUGUUCGCCAUCGUCCUAGCACCAACUCGCGAACUUUGCAAACAAAUAUCUGUCGUCUUGGAGAAUCUCCUCCGUUGUGCCAAUUGGCUCGUCGCUGGUACUGUUAUCGGUGGAGAAAAGAAGAAAUCAGAAAAGGCUCGCUUAAGAAAAGGACUCAAUAUCCUGGUUGCCACUCCCGGUCGUCUAGCCGAUCAUCUGGACAACACCGAAGUCUUGAAUGUCAGCAAUGUCAGAUGGCUAGUGUUGGAUGAGGGUGAUAGAUUGAUGGAUAUGGGUUUUGAGGAAGAACUACAGGGCAUCGUUAAGAAGCUUGACGCAAGACAACGACCAAGCCGGAUUCCCGGUGUACCAACCCGCAGAACGACAGUUUUAUGUUCGGCUACACUGAAGAUGAACGUACAACGUCUCGGAGAGAUUAGUUUGAGCGAUGCAAUGCAUAUCAAGGCUAACCCAGCCGAUGAGGAUGAGGAUUCUCGAAAUGCCAAGGACGAAGAUGCUUUCCGCGUUCCCGCUCAAUUAAAACAAUCUUACGCCAUUGUUCCCGCCAAACUACGUCUUGUCUCAUUGACGGCCUAUCUCAAAAGAACAUUUAUUCGCAAAGGAUCUGUUAUGAAAACGAUGGUCUUUGUUUCAUGCGCAGAUUCAGUUGAUUUCCACUUUGAAGUCUUCUCCAGAAGAUAUGGCGACAGGCGCAAAAAGUCUAAUGAUAAUGACGACGAGAAGGAAAGCAAGGAGAAGGAAAGUAAAGAGAAGGAAAUAAGGAUGAAGAAAAAGAAGAAUCCACGCGAAAAUCUCUCUCCUUAUGGCAUUCAUGGCACUAUCGCUCCCGCCGAGGCAUUCUCCACCCCAACAAACCCUGUUACGAUCCACCGACUCCACGGAUCAUUACCUCAACACGUUCGAACUGCCACUCUGAACUCCUUCUCUCGCAGUCAGGAAGCCUCGGUUAUGGUCUGUACUGAUGUCGCUGCCCGUGGCUUGGAUCUGCCCAAUGUCGACCUUGUUAUCGAGUACGAUCCCGCCUUCAGCUCAGACGACCACACCCAUCGUAUCGGUCGUACCGCCCGUCUGGGCCGUGAUGGUCGUGCCUGUAUUUUCCUCCAGCCCGGCUGCGAAGAGAGCUACGUUGAAGUUCUCAAGCGUGGUUAUCGUGAUGGAGGCAAAGCGCUUACACGAACCGACGCAAACGAGAUUCUGAAGCGCGGCUUCGGCGUCACUCCCGACUCAACAUCUAAGAACUGGGAGGAGAAGACUACCGAUUGGCAAAUGGAUGUCGAGCGGUGGGCUCUGGAUAAUCCUGAGUACUUGGAGAUGGGGCGUCGUGCAUACCAGUCUCAUGUCCGCGCUUAUGCAACCCAUAUUGCUGCCGAGCGAAAAAUGUUCGAUAUCAAGGAACUUCACUUGGGACAUCUUGCUAAGAGCUUUGCUCUACGCGACCGACCGGGCAAGAUCAAUGUGCCUGGCCUUCGCCAAGGAAAGGAGGAUGCAAAGAAGGACUUCAAGGCAGCACGCAGUGGUGUCGCCGGUAACAAGAGAAAGGCCGACGGCGAUGCAUCUGCUUCCAAUACAGAUGAUGCAGCACGCAAGAUGAGAGCCAAGAUGAGGGAACAAAUGUCUGGAGGAGCAAGCGAGUUCAACUUGGCUUGA